GGUCCGGGCAGAUCUUCCCCCGCCCCGGCCACACGCCCCGCGGGAGCCGCCUGCCCGCUCCGCUGCGAUUUUGGGAAGGGGCGGUCGCGACAGCGGCGACCCGACCCGCGAGGUGCCGGGCAGGAAAGGUGGCUGAGGAUGCGAGGAUGGGGAUCCGUGCUUGGGAUGCUGCCUGCAGCGCUCCCGCCUCGCGCAUCAUCCCCUCUCCAUCGCCAGCGCAGCAGCACGUCCGGGCUCUGCGGAAGAGCUGGGAGCGAAUCGUGCCCCGAAGCCGCGGGGUUUGUGCGGGAUGCCGAGCGCAGCGAUGCCCGCGGCCGCCCUCACCUGCCUGCAGCUCCUGCUGCUCCUCUCGGCCGCGGACUGCCGGCCCCACACGUGGGACCAGGACCGCUUCCAGCUGGAAGCCGUCAAAAAGGAGAUCCUGGAGCGGCUGGGAAUGCCGGCUCCCCCCGCCGCCCGCCGCCAGCUGGACCAGGAGAGCAUCCGGAGAGCGCAGCGGCUCUACCGGCAGAGAGCUGCGGAGCUGGCGGGGAACUGGAGCCGGGAGGAGGAGGAGGAGGAGGAAGCCGUGCCCAGGAGCCGGCGGCUGCACCGCCUGACCCCCACCUUGUUGCGCUGGCCGGACAUCCCCGAGGGACACGAGGACCCUCAAGGCCACCGCGACGCCCAGGGACACCGGGAGGCCCUGGGUCCCUACCGCUACCACCUCCUGCUGUCCCGCACGGCGGAUUUCCACCGGCAGCUCCGCGUGGUGCAGGCGGAGCUGAAGCUCCUGCAGCGGCCGCUGUCCCCUCCCGGCGCCUCGGUGCCACCGCGGGUCACCAUCUCCACCCUGCGGGGGGCUGAGGGCACCCCCCAGCUCCUGCGCAGCCAGGAGCUGCGGCCGGAUUCCCGCAGCCUGGACCUGACAGCAGCCAUCCAGCCCUGGGCGGAGGGGCCCGAGGCCGCGCUGCGCCUGGAGCUGGAGUUCAACACCGACAUCUCGGCUGCCCUGGCCACCUCCGGGGGCGACACGCUGGUGCUGGAGGUGGAAACCCUGGAGAAGGCACCUCGGGCGGCCAGGAGAGCCCGGGGGCUGGAGGAGGAGUGCGGGAGGAGCGAGGGGAAGUGCUGCCUGAAGUCGCUGAAGGUCUCCUUCCAGGACAUCGGCUGGUCGGACUGGGUGAUCGCCCCCAACAGCUACUACAUGAGGUUCUGCGAGGGCUCCUGCCCCCACAACUACAAACCGGCCAGCAUGCACGCCCAGAUCAAAUCCAGAGUGCACUCCCUGUCCAAGGCUGCGCCCCCGCCCUGCUGUGUCCCCGCGGGGUACGACCCCAUGGUGCUGAUGCACCUGGACAGCGAGGGCAGGCUGGUGUCCAGCCUCUUUGAGGACAUGCUGGUCACCAGGUGCCACUGUGCCUGACAGCUCCGGCUUUGCCCGUCCCGCUGGGGCAGAGCCGUCCUGGCUCCUGGCAGCUCCAGCACCCCAAAAUCCUGUGGCACCGAGGGACUCCAGCCCUGGAUCCAGCACUGAGCUCAGCCAGGGGUCUCCAGCUCCAGCAUCCCAAAAUUCAGGUUUUGUGACACCAAACGAAUCCACACCAGCCCUGGAUCCAUCACUGAGCUCAGCCCUGGGGUCUCCAGCUCCAGCAUCCCCAAAUCCUGUGGCACCAAGUGACUCCACGCCAGCCCUGGCUCUGUUCAGCCCUGGGGUCUCCAGCUCUGUCACCCAGCUCAGCCCCAGCAUCUCCAGUUGUGACCUCUCUACCAAAAUAACUUAUUCCCCUGGCUCUUCUCUACUUUAAAUCCAUAUUUUGUUGUGCAGGUGGAUCCUUCCCACCCAAGAGACCCCGAAGGGCUGGGGUGGGUCCGUGCCCAGGUGUCCAUGUCCCACUCCAAACCUUCUCUGCUCAGAGACUUAUUUAUGCAACCCAGUUAUUUAUUUCUAACUUAUUGUAUUUUAUAGCAAAAUAUCCUUUUUUUUUUUGGGAGGGAAAGAGGGAAGGGUUUUGUGGUUUUCUAAUUUAUAUAUUUCUAUAAAACCAGAAGGAUGUAAAAAUAAUGAAUAAAGUGAUUGUAACGGGGAUUCUGGCUGCUCCUCCUGCACACCUGGGGGGUCUCUGACAGGACCCCUGCUCCUGGGACCCUCAGCUCCCCUGGGAUUUGCCUCCCUGUGGAUUUGCUGGUAAAUCCUCACGGCUCUGCAGUGCCAGCGUGUGAGUAAUGCCUGGGCACUGCUCCCAGAGACCUUUGAGUUGUUUGUGUCCUUGGGAAGGGCGCUGGGCACAGCUCUGACCCCUGGGGGUGACGUCCAGCUGGGAGGUGACCAUUGCCCCACUUCCAGGUGCCUCCAGCCCUGGGACCCCGUGGGCACCAGAGGGAUGGGGGAACCCCCCUGGGGGCUUGGUGGCACACACGGCGUCCCCAAG